UGGCUUGCCCUCGCUGAAAAGCUAAGUCACUGGUUUUUAUAUAUCAAAAUGUAGACAUAUGGACAAAAUGAAAUCUGAUGUGCAUCAAAGACAAAAAAUAAAUAAAAAUGAAGAGGUUGUAGAUUGUAUCUGUUUAUGCAAUACUGUGAUACGUUUUAAAACAUGUGUUUUAAUGUUUCCUCAAUAACAGUAUGCAUGGUGAAUUUUGUUGCUUAUUUGUCAGUAAGAUUUUAGAUUUAAACAGAAGCCUUCCUUAAAGGGGUCAUAUAAUGCCCAUUUUCCACAAGUUGAUAUUAUUCUUUAGGGUCUUAAUGAAAAGUCUGUAACAUAGUUUGGUUAAAAUUUCUCAUUGGUAGUGUAAAAAACACCCUGUAAAUAACAGCUCUUGUCAGAGCAAGCGGUAUUGUGUCAUUCUCCUUUAAAUGUUAAUGAGCUCUGCUGACUCCGCCCCUCUCUUCCAAGCCGCUCUCUGAGGGACUGUUUACUUUAGCCACAUUCAUUGUGAAACUUGCUAAUUAGCACAUUAUUAGGAAAGGCCAUUUGCAAAGAUUCAUUUAAAAAACCUUGUACUCACUUUUUUUGGAGGUGAAGCUGGAUCACGAACGAUUCGCGCGAACAUAGACGCAUUUAGGUAGAUGGACGGCGCAUUCCCUUCAGAACCAAACCAAAUCCUCUUCAACCACUCAGAUGUUGGAAGUAAAUGACUACUGCUAUGUUCAUUAUUACAUCCAACAAUAAAACACCUCAAUCGCUUAGGAGUCAUUCUUGUCUACAUCUGCUCAGGCAGUGAAACAACUGAUGACAGCUCAGUCAGGGCGGUCUGAGGCAUCUGUCAGUGUGGAGCCACUGAAGAGCACGAACACAUUCAUAUCAAUUAACAAAAGAAGAGAGAGAGUCUGAAAAGGUGAUGAGGUCAUGGGCGUUUUUAUCCUUGUGUAAUAGCAUUGCUUCUAUUUGGAUGGAAUGCUGUGCACUAUGACCACGCCUAGUUUGACUGAAGGUUGGUUGAUUGUUAACCCUGGGGCAGAGGCUGGGACUUUUAUAACUCUCAGCCAUUUGGCACAGACUCUUCAUAUUAACAGUCUGCAAGAGUGGAUGCCUCAAUGAGAAGGUCUCCAGGAGACAUUAUGGAGUUAACACAAGCUGAUAGACAGCAUUUAGACAAGAGCAAACAGGAUACAUGUUCUUUAGGAAACACUGAUGACAGCCUGAAAUAUGAUAGUGGGCGCGUAGCCCAUGACUUCAGCUGCAUCCACAGCAAAGAUCUGCUCCCUGCUGAGGACGGAGAGGAAAAAACCAAGCACUUCCUCCAGGAGUUGGUAAACAUCUUGCUGGCCUACAUCAGUAAAUCCCUCAAACGCAGCUCCAAAGUUCUAGAUUUCCACUAUCCUCACCAGCUUAAGGAAGGUCUGGAGGGCUUCAGCCUGGAUCUCCCUGACCAGCCAGAUAACCUGGAGCAGCUGCUGGUGGACUGCAGAGACACACUUAAAUAUGGAGUUAAAACCGGUCAUCCAAGAUUUUUCAACCAGCUGUCAACUGGACUUGACAUCAUUGGUCUGGCAGGAGAAUGGUUGACGUCCACAGCAAAUACAAACAUGUUCACUUAUGAAAUAUCCCCGGUCUUUAUACUCAUGGAGGAAGUAGUUCUGAGAAAAAUGCAUUCAAUUAUUGGAUGGCCAGAAGAAGAUGGAGAUGGCAUCUUUUGUCCUGGAGGCACCAUGUCCAAUCUGUACAGUGUGUUGUUGGCUAGGUUUCAUCUCUUUCCGGCGGUGAAGACUCACGGGAUGUCUGCGAUACCUCGCCUGGCACUGUUCACCUCCGCGCACAGUCAUUAUUCAAUCAAGAAGUCUGCAGCAGUUCUCGGCAUCGGCUCUGAAAAUGUUAUAGUCGUCAAAUGUGACGAAAGGGGGAAGAUGAUCUCAUCAGAACUGAACUCCAGCAUUGAGGCAGCAAAGUCUAAGGGUCUGGUGCCAUUCUAUGUCAACGCAACGGCAGGAACCACAGUCUAUGGAGCCUUUGACCCUCUGAAUGAAAUAGCAGACAUUUGUGAACACCAUGGCCUAUGGAUGCAUGUGGAUGCUGCUUGGGGUGGAGGCUUGCUUCUCUCCAACAAACAUCGUGUGAAACUGCAAGGAAUUGAAAGAGCCCAUUCUGUGACCUGGAACCCGCACAAGAUGAUGGGCGUCCCACUGCAAUGCUCAACCAUUCUAGUGAAGAGGAAGGGCCUCCUGCAGGAAUGCAAUCAGCUGUGUGCCGAGUAUCUCUUCCAGCCCGACAAGCACUAUGAUGUGUCCUACGACACUGGGGACAAAAGCAUUCAGUGCGGACGGCACGUAGACGUCUUCAAACUCUGGCUCAUGUGGAAGGCAAAGGGAUCUGAGGGUUUUGAAGCACAGAUCAACCACUGCCUGGAAAAUGCAGAGUACCUUUACUACAAGCUGAAGAAAAGAACAGACUUUCAGCUUGUCUUCAAAGGAAAGCCCGAACACAGUAAUGUCUGCUUUUGGUAUCUCCCAAAACAACUGCAAAGUAUUCCUCCAGGCCCAGAGCGAGACAGAGAACUUCACAUGGUGGCUCCAAAAAUCAAGACAAAGAUGAUGGAGGAAGGAUUCACAAUGAUUGGCUAUCAACCUCUGGAAGAAAAAGUGAAUUUCUUCCGCUGUGUUUUUUCCAACCCAGCCACUCAGAGGGAGGAUGUGGACUUUCUAAUAGACAAAAUCGCCCAUCUGGGCAUUGAACUCUACAGUCUUUCUUAAAAAAAUCACAGGAUAAAUAUUUAUUUAUUUAUAGCCUUUUUUCUUUAUACCUCUGAUUCCAGUUAUCAGUACAUACAGCACUGUGAGCAAAAGAAUUUACCGCUUUUAUUUUGAAUCUGUCUUUGAACAUUUUUUAUAUUAGCAAUUAUUAAUAAUUUAUUAUUCAUCUAGGUGAAGUGUUCUAUACGUGAUCUCCUUUACAAAUCCUGAUAGCUUUUGACGGAUGAACAUCUGAAAUAAAUUAUAAAUGAGAUUUGAAAGACAUAAUAGUGGAGCCACAUUGACCAAAGGGAAUAGAUGAUCACUUGCUGAUUUUCAUGAAACCAGCAUGCUGCUGUAAGAUGAGUCAUUCCUUAUAUACCAUGACUAAACUGCACCUGCUCUUAAUCAAGAUGUACAAAUGAUUUGUGUGUGUGUGUGUGUGUGUGUGUGCGUACCUGUUUUUCUAUUCAAGUGGGGACUUAAACCUGAAUACACACAGACUCAUGUGGACUCGUGUCACGGUGGGGACCUAAAUUGAGGUCCCCACAGGUAAACAAGCUAAUAAAUCACACAGAAUGAAGUUUUUUGAAAAUCUAAAAAUGCAGAAAGUUUCCUGUAAGGGGUAGGUUUAGGUGUAGAGUUGGUGUAGGGCAAUAGAAUAUACGGUCUGUACUGUAGAAAAAGCAUUACGCCUAUGGAGAGUCCCCACAAGGAUAGCAAACCAGGUGUGUGUGUGUGUGUGUGUGUGUGUGUGUGUGUGUGAAUUUUGAAGGGAAAGUGGAAUUACUCAGGUUUCUGUUUUGCAGUCUACUAGUGCCUCCUGCUGGUAGGAUCUAAUAAUGGCUGGAGCUACUAAAUUAAUAGGCCUAAUAGAGAUUGAGAGAUACUGAAAACGGUACAAGAGUCAAAUAUUCAUGCUAACAUUCAUUUAAAUAGCAUAUUUCAAUUAACAUGCUCAAAUCAAGCAUUCUGUGUCUGAAUUAGUUGGGUUUCAUGCUUCACUUGUUGUCCUACAUGAAAGAAUUAUGCGUGAAAAAGUGAUUUUACACAUUUAUUUAUUUGUACACCACCUGCUGUUAUAGCUCCAUUAGUAAUAAAAUUAUAUAGCAUGCAGGUCCCUCUGAAUUUAGGUUUCUUAUUGCAGCACAAGCCGUUAGCUGGGAUUAAUUUGUC